UGAAUUUCUCUUAUUUAAAGUUAUUUUUUUAUCUGGCAUAUUUUUUUAGUCCUGGCAUAUUAAGUUUAUUACUUGUUUCUGAAGUUGAAAAUGGCAUUCCAAGAAGAUACUGUUCCAUGCUUGAAUGUUACGCACCUAUAUGGUGAUAACUUAAAAAUGAAAGAAAGAUUUGUUAUUUUGAAAGAAACUUUUCACAAAAAGUAUGGCCACUUUCCAUCAUUCUUUGCAAGAGCCCCUGGCCGUGUCAAUAUUAUUGGUGAACACAUAGACUAUUGUGGAUAUGGAGUUUUUCCUAUGGCUUUAGAGCAAGAUAUUGUCUUUGCUGUAUCAACCAAUGAUACAGCUCUUUAUAGAAUGUCAAAUACAAACCAAUUAUUCAACGAUUUUGAGACUGACAUUAAAAACUUUUCCAUCGAUGGUCAUCAAUGGUACGAUUAUGUUUUAUGCGGACAUAAGGCAAUUUUAAGUGAAGGUCAUGUUACAGCUCCUGUUGGAAUGAAUGUUUUGGUUGAUGGUAUUGUACCAAAAAGUGCAGGACUCUCAAGCAGCUCUGCUUUGGUUUGCUGCUCAGGACUAGCCUCUAUGAAAGCUAAUAAUAUAGUGUUAGAUAAGCUUUCACUGGCUGAAUCAUGCACUCGUUGUGAAAAAUAUGUUGGUACAGAAAGUGGAGGAAUGGAUCAAGCCAUAUCUUUUCUUGCAAAAUCAGGCACUGCUAAAUUAAUCGAAUUCAAUCCUUUAAAAGCGACUGAUGUACAACUGCCUGAUGGUGCCACAUUUGUUAUUGCCAACUCAUUAAGAGAUAUGUCAAAAGCUGAAAAUGCAGGUGAAUAUUAUAACAUGCGUGUAGCAGAAUGUCGUAUUGCUGCUCAGAUACUUUCUAACAAAUUCGAUUUUAAUUGGCGUAAUACAAGGCGUUUGGUUGACACUCAAAAUGUAUUGAACAAGACUUUAGAAGAAAUGUUAGAAAUUGUGGAGGAGGUUUUUCAUAAAGAACCAUAUUCACGGAACGAAAUAUGUCAACUUCUUAACAUAACUGAUGAAGAGUUAAUUAAAGAGUGUUUAAAUCCAACCACAAUUCAUGCCCAGUCUUUUAAACUUUAUAAUCGUGCCAAACAUGUUUAUUCUGAGAGUAAUCGAGUUUUGUUAUUUAAAAAGAUUUGCGAGCAACAAAAUGAAGACUCGCUCAAGUUACUUGGCAACUUAAUGAACGAAAGUCAAACAAGUUGUGCUGUAGAUUACGAAUGUAGCUGCGAGGAGCUAGAUAUCUUAACUCAAAUUUGCAGAGAAGCGGGUGCAUUUGGUUCUCGUUUAACAGGCGCUGGCUGGGGAGGUUGUUCUGUGUCACUGGUAUCUUCAGAAAAAGUUGAGGAGUUCAUCAAAGUAGUAAGAAGUAAGUUCUACGAAAUUGAUGAGAUUCGACGUGCUAAAGUUGCUGAUGCUUUAUUUGCUACAAAGCCUGGUUGUGGCGCUGCAAUCAUUGACCUCGAUUAAUUUGCUUAAUAGUUUUUAAAAUAUCCCAUAGUAAUUUUUUUUUUAUAGUUUAUUAUUUUUUAUGUACAAUAAAUGGAAUUAAAUGAAUAAAGCAAAUAAAUUAGUAAUUUUAUUAUAUUUUAAUUAUGACUUAAUUAUAUUAUUUUAUGAAUGGAGUUGAAGGAAGUAUAAUAAUUUAUAGCAAAUACAAGAAAAAGUUAAUUGAUCCGUAGUAAUGUAAGAAUACGUGCUUAUAUAUUAAUAUAAAAAGUUGUUUUUUUUAA